UGCUUUAUGUAUCUGACAGUCCACAAAUUGGCUUUCUAUUAUUGGUGGCCUUUAGAAGUUGGCAUUCAACAAAGAGCCACAUGAAAAGAUGAGUUUAAGUAUCUUUGGUGUGAAAGAGCGUCAGAAAUUUUUCUGGAAAUAUUAUCGCCGGUGAAAUGGAUCAGGACGGGGACGCCGUCAUCUUCACCUGUAACGACCACCAUCUCAAAACUUUCAAGAAGAUGGAGGGUUAUCGCAAAGAUUCCAAACUAUGUGAUAUUAUUUUGGUGGUUGGGGAGAAGAGGAUUAAGGCUCAUCGACUCGUUCUCGCUGCUUUCAGCGAUUAUUUCAGCGCUUUGUUCACUGGUGAACUCUGUGAGAAGGGACAAAGUGUGGUGCAUUUAACUGACAUGAAUCCCCAAGCUGUUGAAGAUCUCGUUCAGUAUGCCUACACUUCUCAUAUCGAAAUUCGCGUAGAUAACGUGGAGAACUUACUCUCAGUGUCGUGUAUUUUACAGAUUGAUGAAGUGAAGGAGGCCUGUUCUGAAUUUAUGAAGCAUCAACUGCACCCUAGUAACUGUUUGGGUAUUCGUGCUUUUGCCGAUGGACACGGUUGUAGUGAACUGUAUAAAAUCGCUGAUGCGUUUACGAAGGAGCGAUUUGUUGACGUUGUCAAAAAUCAAGAAUUUGUGCUUUUGAGCUCGGAAUGCGUGGCUCGUCUUCUUUCAAGCGAUGAUCUGAAUGUUUCUUCUGAAUCGCAAAUUUUUGACGCUCUCUGCGUGUGGGCAGAGUACGAUAAAGAAAGUAGAAAGAAAGUAUUGCCGAGAUUGUUGGGACUUGUACGAUUGCCUCUACUUGCGCCGGAAUUUCUUGUUGAUAAAGUGGAGAUGUCAUCUCUAUUCCGUGAUAUCAGCUCCUGUAGGGAGCUCAUUAUCGAAGCAAUGAAAUACCAGCUUCUACCAAAACGGCGAUUUCAACUUCAGAAUUCAAGGACAACCCCAAGAAAGUCUACAGUUGGCAAACUUUAUGUCGUUGGAGGCUCUUUUCUUCCCAAUCUAGGAAUGGAUUCAUCCAAGGGGGCAAUCCAAAUUGAGCACUAUGACCCACGCAAGAACCAGUGGUCUGUGGUGUCUCCAAUGGUUACAAGGAGGCUGCAGUUUGAUGUGGCAGUGGUAGGUGGUAAUCUCUAUGUUGUGGGAGGCAGGGAUGGACUGAAGACAUUGAAUACUGUGGAAUGUUACAAUCCAAGGACAAAACAGUGGAGUCCUGUGCCAUCCAUGAGCACUCAUCGUCAUGGGUUGGGCGUGGCAACCUUGAAUGGUCCCCUUUAUGCUGUGGGUGGCCAUGAUGGCUGGUCUUACUUGAGCACGGUGGAAAGAUUUGACCCUGAUACUAAACAGUGGAGCUUUGUUACACCAAUGACGACAGCUCGUAGCACUGUGGGAGUGGCAAUACUUAAUGGCAGACUCUAUGCAGUUGGAGGAAGGGAUGGUUCUUCUUGUCUGAACUCAGUUGAGCGUUAUGAUCCUCACACCAACAAAUGGUCAGUCACUUGCCCAAUGCUCAAGAGAAGGGGAGGUGUUGGUGUGGCUGUUCUUGAUAAUUUUCUGUAUGCUCUUGGGGGUCAUGAUGCACCUGCCAGCCAAGACUGUUCUCGCCAAUUUGAUUCAGUGGAAAGAUACAACCCUAAUACUGACCAGUGGACCAUGGUUGCACCCAUGAUCAACUGCCGUGAUGCUGUUGGUGCAGCAUGCCUUGGUGACAGGUUGUAUGCCAUUGGUGGUUAUGAUGGAUCCAAAUAUUUGAGUGCAGUGGAGUCGUAUGACCCUGAGAAGAAUAAAUGGGAAGAAGUUGCUUCUCUUAACUCUGGAAGAGCUGCAGCCUGUGUGGUGUCUGUAUCAAGUGAUCCAGUAGCAGGUUGAUUUUUUGGCCAACCUUUUUGGACAAAUUAUUAUUUUUAUUGACUUAAAAGUAGUACUCUUCAGCUGAGAGAUCUGGAAACUGUAAGCACCCAAAAUAUUUAUGGAAAUCAACUGAAUGACAUAUUGAAAGAUAACUAGACUGAGGAAACUCUUCUCUGAGUUGUUUGUGGUUUACUCCAGAACCUAUCCCUUAUCUUCAAUUAAGUUGUGAGUGAUUAAGUCACUCAUAACACAAUAAGCAUUCACAAAAUAUUUUAGGUGUUCAUGGUUUUUUCAAGUUUGAUGGUAGUUUUUGCUCUUCAUUUUUGAAUAGUUUUUGCAGCCCAUGAAUACACAGAGAUACUAAUUAAAAGGAUGAAGGGUUUUAUGUUCAGUAUAUAAUUUAAAGUAUUGUCAAGUAUUUAUCAAAUAAGAAAUAUACUAUGGUGCAAUCUGUUUGGGGAAAAAAAAAACUUAGUGUCCAUUAUUAGAAAGUGAUAGCCAUACAAAUGGAAAUUGACAGAUUUUUACAUUAGGUAAAAUAAUGGAAAGUGCAUUCUUUUGUA